AUAAAAAGGACCGAGGUGCGAGGGUUGGUGUUGCCCUUACCCCUCGAAAUUCAACCAACGCCGUUACUGACUACUAUGCUAAUUGCACAUUUCAUCCGAGCCCUUAUUGCGGUGCUUGGAUUAGCCGCUGUGGUCAUUCCAGUCGCUUGCAACGAGUAUUUCAACGAAACUCACGACGUAUUCUACGACUUCUAUCGCCACAAACGAGGUGUUAAUAAACAAAACAGGCGUAAUCCUCACGUUCACGAAGUCGAAGUCGAGCCAAACGUAGUAGAAGACCACCAGCAUAAUCACUUAAACAAAAAAACACAUCAUCAUAAAAAUAACGCACACCUCGAAGCAUAUCAUCAACCUCCUAAUAAGACUGGAGAGUGUUGUCCAACCGUUGCAGAAAGAGUUGAACCAACAGGAGGUUCCAAUCCGCAAGGUUUGCUAGUUGAACUGUAUCAGGAUCCCAAUUAUAAACAGAGAUUUUACGAGUUAUCCUGCCAUCCAUACGUUUUGGACAAGCCCUGCAAUUUUAUUAAUAAAAGAAAUCACAAUUCUAGAUGUGUACAGAUGUAUAGUUUCACAUACGCCCUUGUUAAAAAUACUGACAAUAAAACUAAUUUGUUUCCGAUGUUUCCCCUUCAUGAAGAUGGUGGCGCCACUUAUACUUUAGACUAUAUCAAGGUGAGAAGUGGGUGUAGUUGUGAAGUGACUGUUAAAAAGAAACGCAAGAAAAAAAAUAAUAGAGGCGGUGUGGACAAUAGUUAA